AUGGCAGCCCGUAACACGCUUCGUCGAGCUCUUCUCUACAUCCCCGGCUCCUCCCAACGCUUCAUCGACAAAUCCCGCACCCUAACCGCCGACUGCGUGGCCUACGACCUGGAAGACAGCGUGACUCCGCACAAGAAAGCGGAAGCCCGCUCCCUGGUGCGGAGGGCGCUCGAUCAACCGGCACCAGAGGGGAUUCGCGAACGAGCCGUCCGCAUCAACUCCGUGGACAGUGGCCUCGCCCUGAGCGAUCUCACCGAAGUCCUCCAAUCCCCCAACCUCACCACCAUCGUAAUUCCCAAAGUCAACUCCCCCUCCGACCUAACCUUCGUCACCGACGUAAUCACCCACACCCUCUCCCAGCAACGACAAGACCCGAAGCGUCCGCCCAUCUCCCUCCUCGCCCUCAUCGAGUCCGCCAAAUCCCUCACCAACCUCACGCAGAUCUGCGCCUCCACCCCGCUUCUCCAAGGUCUGAUCUUCGCCGCCGAGGACUUCGCCUUGGACCUCAGUCUCACGCGCACCCCCUCGCUCACUGAGUUCCUGUUCGCGCGGUCGAUGAUCGCCACAGCGGCCCGCGCGGCGGAACUCCCCUCAACGAUUGAUCUGGUGUGCACCGCCUACCGAUCGAGCAAGGGCGACGGGUCGCCCCCCGCGGUACUGGAGGAAGAGUGUCGCGACGGUCGCCGGUUGGGGUUCAAUGGGAAGCAGUGUAUCCAUCCGUCGCAGGUGGAGACCGCGCAGCGGAUCUUCGGGCCCGAUCCUGAGGAAGUCCAGUGGGCGGUGCGGGUGUGCAUCGCCGAUGACAAGGCGGCGCAGGCCGGACGUGGGGCCUGGACGCUGGAUGGAAAGAUGAUCGAUGUGCCUGUGGCGGAGAAGGCGAGGGCUGUGGUCAAGAAGGCCGAGGCGUGCGGGUUCAAUGUGCGGGAGUUGAGGGAGAAGUGGAAGGGUCAGGAGCCGGAGUAA